CGUUACUUACCUAUAUUUAAUUUGUUUAUCUGAGAUUAUACACAGCUAAAUAUGUCAAAUUUCCAUAGCCAUCCUGGUUUUAAAAAGAAACUGAACGACAUAUUUCUAGGGGUUGUAGAUAUAAAAGUGCGCAGGACUGGUCCUCCCAUCAUUCCAGAACAUCCCUUCUUUCCGAAUAAUGGAUACCAGUUAUGUUCCCAACAACCCCCAGUUCGGGCUUCAGCUGGAGUGCAACUGGACAGGAUCUUCCAACGGAUUGCAACAGGUUUCAAACUGCACAGACGAUCUGUCGUCUUGUUGGAACGAGGAGAUGGGUUCAUUUUCGUUACCAUUGGAUUUAGAACCCUUGCCGAGUUUAUUCAAUAUCUCGCCAUGCAGUAAUGGAACCAAUGGAAAUUAUAAAAUCGAGUCGUCGAUCCAAAAUCAAUCGCCGUUAGUAUUUCGAGAUCAAAAGCAAUCGGGUCCCGAUGUCGCCGACGUCCUGCUUUCGCUCAAGCACGCCGUGGUCCAUCCCGGACAGAGCCCCAACGAUAAAUAUGAAGCACAACACGUCUAUCAUCCCCAGAUGCUCCUCUCACCGAAUGGAUACUCAGGGGGGAUCUGCGAGCAGGCGUUCAGCCAACCGACUCCCAUGUUUCCGAGCAUGUCCGUUAACGUUUCUAUGAAUAUGACCAUGCACGGUUACCAUCCUAAUAACAGCUGCGGAUAUCCUUCUGCGGAGAUUGCCUGUCCGCAGUUACAAUGGAGUUCGACGCCACAAGGAACAAACCAAAGUUACCAAAGCCAAGGAUUAUUGAGUCCUUCCUACGGAGGGACGACGUACUCCUUCACGGCGGAUUUCCGACCUCCCCAAGAGGUGCCAGUUACCACGUCAUCGUACAAACCCCUGCCAAUGAGUUUUUCUUCGCCAAGAAGAAGACAUAGUAUUAGUUUCGUUGAAGAGGAUAGUCAGAAGCCCAAUGUGUGUAGGAUAUGCGGUAAAAGUUACGCACGGCCUAGCACCCUCAAGACCCACCUGCGUACCCACAGCGGCGAAAAGCCCUACAGGUGCAUCGACUGCAAUAAAUCGUUUUCUCAAGCUGCGAACCUGACUGCGCACGUGCGGACGCACAGCGGGGAAAAACCGUUUCGAUGUCCGGUCUGCGACAGGAGGUUUUCGCAGAGUUCGUCCGUUACCACGCACAUGCGCACACAUUCUGGAGAAAGGCCUUACAGAUGUAGGCUGUGCAAAAAAGCCUUCUCAGACAGCAGUACCUUAACCAAACACCUCAGGAUCCACAGCGGGGAGAAGCCUUACGAAUGUAAAUUAUGCCUACUCAGGUUCAGCCAAAGUGGCAACCUGAACAGACACAUGAGGGUGCACGGCAGCAACGGGAUUCCCCCGUGACACACGCUGUUCGGGUACACGUGCUAAAUAAACCAAGGUGCUCAUUUUUCGGAAUAAUUUAUUUCGUUAAAAAAAAGAGAAAGUAAAAGAAGUAAUAAAUGCUAAAGAAAAGUUACGAAGUUGUAUGAGAAGAAAAUUGCAGUGACAAAUAUGGAAUUUGGGCCAAUUCAAUUAUUUUUGGUUAUUUAUCGCUGCUUUUUCUACUAUUAAGUCGUUUUUUUUAAAGGUAUCUCCUUAUUGCAAGUUACAUAUUUUAUUAAAAAUAUUUCAAUAAGAGAAAGGUACAGAAAAAUUCUACAAAUUUAUUUAAAAAAAAAAACUUGAAAAUAUUAUCC